AUGGACAAGAAACGAUCAAAGAAGUCGACGCUGACACAGCAACAACGCAACAACAAGCGCCAGAGAGCUAACGCACAGCAAUUGGACGUGCUCCGCCACGAGUAUCGUCUGUGUGCCACUCCCGACGCUGCCACACGACGUCGAAUAAGUGCUCUUAUCGAUAUGACUGAGCGUAGCGUUCAGAUUUGGUUCCAGAACACGCGUGCCAAGCAGAAGAAGGCUAUGCGCGGUCGGGAAUCUCGCGAGGACGACUUUGACGACGGUCUUGCUGAUGUCAGCGUGGAUGACGUCAGCGUGGAUGACGUAAGCAUGACGGCUGACGUAAUCAACAGUCCUGUUGACGUAAUCCACCAUCGCACCGACGUUAGCAGUUCCGCAGACAUGCUCCACCACUUUGGCGCCGACCUCGUCACAACCCCCAUCCAAACUCAUUUCAACCACUUGCUCGCAACCCCACCAACCUCUUCCUCGUCGUCGCACGUGACCACGGUUGACUCACCCGCCUCGUCCAUCACCGACUUCUCCACCCUCGGACACAUGACUCCUAACCUGACCCCCACCACACCGCAUCACGUGACCCUCCCGCCCAUCUUCUUCCCCACCCUUUCGCUGACUAUUGGAAAUUGGCGCCGACUUUCGCCCCAACUUUCUCUUGCUUACUACCCCAGCACAGACACCAUGCUGUAUCACAUGACCUCGGAGAAGACGCAGUUUCGCAUGCAGUUUCCCUUUUCGGCGAUUGAGGAAAUCCACGUGAGCAGAAACCCCAACGAUACUCUCGGAGCUCUUAAUCUGACGCUCAAUUGCUCACCCAGCUUUUCGAUCCAGACCCCAAAGGCUCCAGGAAGAUGGGUCGGCUGUCACGACUUUUCCGAGGGCAAACAAGCGAGUAACGUGACUACUCACGUGUGCAACGGUCCCGCAACGGUGUUGCAACAGCAGCUUUCGCGGGUGUUUGCCCUGCGCAGCAACCAUGUGAACGGUCACGUGUCACGACGACGGCUCGCGGACGUCAUUGGGUCUUCUGACAUAAUCGGAUCUGCUGACGUAAUGGGGACUGUCGCCGUCGACACCUCCAACCACAUGAUCUCCAGUCAUGUGGGCGACUUUGAGCUGAGCGUGACCAGCCACUGUGAGCCGUCCCACAUGAUCGAACCGACGCCGACGCCGACGCCGGUGGCCAACCACCACCAUCAUCGAUCUGCUGACUCAGUCGCUCACGUGACAAACCCUAGUGGCCACGUGACCAACCAUAACCACCUGUCCGACCCCGCCGCCAACCUCACAUCCACGAUUCUCGGAAACGUGACGCCAGGACACACGACACCGGUUCUGGACGACGGGUUCGAGCUCGGUCACGUGACUGACAUCAACGACCUCGUCAGUGUUGCGCAAUUGUUGCCAAACCACGUGACCGAGGCCGAGCUCGCGAGCAACUGUCACAUGAUUGCCAACAAUGCCUUUACUUUGGAUCCGUCUACUCCUCUGAGUCCGUUUUCGGGCACGUUGGAUUAUCUGGAGUAUUACUAA